GAGAACCUUCACCACCAGGUAAGUGAUUAACAGAAGCACGUGAAGGAGGCAGCGCAGCCCGGUGGAGCUCUGCAGUGCAUUGUGGGUCCCCACCCUGUGGGUCACAAGAGCGAGCGGCUUGGGAGGGCAGCGCACGCACACACACACACACACACACACACAGGUCUGAGACGGCGUACAGGGGUCUGCGGGACGGAGCUGUAAUUUCCCAGGAGCUCAUACCCGCGCGGUACCUGUUCAGUUUGCAGGGGAGUGAGCGAUGGGUCCCAGCCCAGGGGUCGUCCUCUUCCUGCUCCUCCUCCAGGGGGCGCCCUCUCGCCCCUCUCAGCCUGCGCCCGCUUGCUCCGUGCCCUGCCUGUGCCGGCAGGGGCCCCGGCUGAACUGCUCCCGGGCGGGUCUGUCCUCCUCGACCCCGCUGGAGCUCCCGGCGACCGUCGCCUCCCUGGACCUGUCGCGCAACGACCUGACCGCGAUGCCCCCCAGGGGUCGUGACCCCGUCCCCCUGCGGGCCCUUACCAGCCUGCUGCUGGCGCACAACCGCAUCGCCAGCCUGUCCUUGUGCGCGCGGCCCCCCCCGCCAGGCAGCCCGCGGCCCUGCGGCUCGUGGGCCCCCCGUCUGCGCCUGCUGUCCCUGGAGAGGAACCGGCUCCGCGCCGUCCCUGAAGGGCUUGGAGGAGGUGUGUUCCUGCGGGUGCUGCACCUGUCGCACAACCACAUCGACGCCCUUCGACACAGAGACCUGCAGGGCUGCAAACAGCUCAAGGAGCUUUACCUGCAGCACAACGCCAUCUCCUCCGUGCACCCGCUGGCCUUCCAGGACCUGCAUGCGCUCCGGGUUCUGAAUCUGAGUUUCAACGCCCUGAGCACCACGGCGACGGCGGCGUACCUGUCGGUCCGAAACUUCGACGCGCGAGUGAACGUCCGGGGCAACCGCUGGAGAUGCGACUGCGAUCUGCGGACCGUGAAGAGGUGGAUGGCCUUCGACCGGGACCGAGGGCGCCUUCCUUGGCAGCUGCUGUGCGAGGAGCCACCUCACCUGGCUGGGAGAGACUUGCUGCACCUGGAUGAGGCGGAGCUCACCUGUGCCGUGACACACCGCAGCGCGACAUUCUAUCAGGAGGUGUCCACAGCCUCGGGCGCCGACGUGCUCCUGCCCUGCCACGUCCAGCAGCAGGGUCCUCUUCGCGUGUACUGGUGGACGCCCUCUGGUGUGACGCCGAGCAGCAACGGCCACGGCACCCUACUGAUCCGCAGCAUUCAGGUGCACGACGAAGGUCUGUACGCAUGUGCUUCGUGGACCGGUAAGCUCCCAGUCUCCGUGUUCGAUGUUCACGUCCAGGAGGAUGUGGCAAGUGCACGUAGAAAAGCUCGAGACAUCCACGCUGUUCCAAGGGACGCAGGGAAGACUCACUCAGAAUUCGUCCUGGCUGUCUGUCUGUCGGUCUUCAUCACCUUUGCCGGUGCCUUUAUCCUCGGAGCCGCGACGAGACCACUCCUUAACGUUCUCUGGAGGACAAUGUGUGCUCAGAGAAACUCUGGACGGGUUCCCAAGGCCUGUGAGAAUGAGGGCUUUUCUGCAGAAGAAUGUGGUACUCAGAAAGGGAGGACAAGUGAGACAGACAACGGGACAUCAAGAAGCCAUCAUCCCACCGAUGAGCCACACUAUGUCACAAUCUACACGGAUUACACCAACCAGUGCGACGCUGGAUCCAUCGAGCUUGUCGAGGGUGACGCUGGACAGACCUAUGAGAAUGUCUCUGUAGAGAGGAGCGAGACAACAGAGUCCUCUUCAAAGGACGAAGAUCUCCUGAGCCACAGCGAAGAUGCUGGCGGCCCGGGGGAAGCCCAACUUUCGCAGCAGAGAGGUGAUGACCAAUCAGACCCCUCCGUGAGGAACAUUCCAGAGACACUGCUCAAUAGCAAUGUCUGCAACAUGGACACCAGCUACACCCCAGAAGCAGUCAAGCAGACAGAGGUGGAAGGGGUGAGCGGAGGAGUCCAGCGUUACGGUCACCAUGACACCACUGAGCUCGUGAACCCAAAACCCGACUCAUUGCUAUAUUGUGCCUUCAAGGGGGAAUUAGAAGCAGACUGGCCUGAAAAGGCUGCAGAACUACAAGAUUCCCAGGUCACUGCUGAAAUAUGGGAGGUUUCUCCAUCCCAGCACGUGGACCUCCCUGCUGCCUCAGCCAUCGCACAAACGCAAAUCCCUUUGAGUCUGAAUCAUGAAGGACGUGAGCAAGCUGGAUUUUCCCCAGGUCAUCUGACAGACUUGCAAGAUCCAAACAUUGACCUCGAUUUGUGGAAUGACAGUGGCGAGAGUUUUGAAUUCAGCGACUCAUUCCAGGAAGAUCCUUCAGAAGAUAAUUCAACCACUCAGCCAGACACAGACCGUUGGGCUCGAAGUCCAUUUGAACCCAAGGAAAAGAAUGAUCUCAGAGAAGAGCAAGACGAUGGUUUUAAUGAAAUGUCGUGCAAAGAUCCAUUCAUCCAACAUUCACAUAGACUCAAGAUGAGUUCUGUAGUUCAGCCUCAAAAUUCCGACAGCCUGAGGGAAUUCCAUGAGUUCAGCAGCAAUUUAAGUGUCAACGAAGACGAACACACACGUUGUCCUAUGAGAACUAACCCUAAACUCGAACAAACAGAUGUCAGACAAGGCUCUGAGCUUAUAGAUGAAUCGGAAGGUAAUUCAACCGCAGACCCUUGGAGUCCAAGUCCAGGUGAGCCAUGGAAAAGGGAUGAUAGAGAAGAACAGGACGAUGGUUUUAAUUACCAGCUGUCCUUCGAAGAUGCAUUUAUCCAAGAUUCAAACAGAUUCAAGACAGACUCUGUGGCUGAACCUCAAACAUCUUACAGUUUCAUUGAAUGCCAUGAGUCCAGCAGCAAUUCAAAUAUUUUUGAGGAUGAACCACCAGAUUGCUCAUUGACAUCUGAACUUAGAAAUGAACCAGCAGGGUACACAGCGGGCUCUGAACUUACAGAACAAUCAAGAGAAUACUCCUUGAAUUCUGACUUUAGAGAUCAAUCACCGGACAACAUCUUGUGCUCCUGCCUUCAAGAACCAGUAAAAUUUACUUCUGAGGCAGUUGGACAAAAGUUCAAUUUUGAAAAACCCUUUUACAUUCAUUCUUACUGCUCAUCAAGCAGCACACAUGUGGCAUGGGCUCCAUCUGAUGAUGUUCCAGUGCAGUCUGGGAGACAUCUGGCUGAGGAGAUGGGAGAAGCAAGCAAAUGGGGACUUGCAGACAGCAUCAGUGGAAGAGAAACAUCAGCAGGAGAUCAUCCAGAGAGGUCAGCAAGUUAUAGCUCAAAAGAACCAGAGCCCCUGGCUUGGUCCGACUCAGCUCUUCCAUUCGAGUUUUCCACUGACUCUGAGGAUGGACAAUGGAGACCUAUUGAUCAGCCAACACAAAGGAGGUCCCCCAUCCCUGCGACUCUUUCAGAGACGCAUCUUGGAGAGGUGAACUCAGGACCACCCAUAAAACCGAGGAGGAGUUUCUUUUCGGCCCAACAGCCUGUGGCUACAGACAAAACUCAACAAGAGGCUCUAGUAAUGCCUCCUUCCUCCCCCUCCCUACAGGAGGUUGUGUGGGUCUCAAGGAUGUCUCCGCAGGACUUGAGGACAGAGGGACUUUUCUUUCAGAGCAGUAGAAUGACUGAGGUGUUUGACCAUUCUGCCCACUCUUCUCUGGGCCAAGGAGCUGACAAAGGGUUGAGUGAAAGUGACAGCGCGACUAGGACUUCUCCACACCACCUCUCGUCCUGGAGGUCUGGAACUUCACUGCAUACAGAAGCCCUGGAUGACAGCAAUCCCACCAUGAUGACAACAGACUUGGCCAAAGAGGCAGAUGUUGAGCAUUUGUCUGGAGAUGAAGCAAGAACAGAUGACCCUUACAGUGUCCAAGGACUUAGCCAGUGCCAUGUGGACACAAGGACAAAUGACAAAGGACAAGAUAAGUCAAACAAGAGUUUCCUUUCCUCUGGAACAAAUUUCGUUGAAGUUGGGAAGAAUGAAAGCAGCGAAGCCUGAAGACCUCAGUCUCACCACCUCAUUUUGUCAACUUUCAGAGUGGCUCUUCCACAGUUUGUGUCCCUCCCACUGAGAAAUCCUGAGAGAAAAUUUUGUUAAACCUCAUAAUACUGAUGCACAUUUGAUAUUACAAAUCCCAAAUCCUCACUUUGAGAUAGAAAUUAUGCAUUUGCCCAUGAAACCUGUUGUGCAAUUCAAAUUACACAUUGUAAUUAUAUUUCAAAUACCUGCCAUAGCUUCUCUCGAGCUUCUCAUGGCACGAUUCUGCGUCC